UCUUUCUCCACACCAUUUAAGCCGGCGCAGAACUUCUCCCUGCUGCACACUCAGUAUGCACCUGCUUGGGCUUCUCUUCAUCACCGGGCUGGCCGGAGGGGCCGCCUCCUCUGCAAUUCCAGUAUCAUCUCGAGUGCACGAGGUGGAAGAUGAGCUGAAUGAUAAUCCGUUCAUUAACCUGGGUGCAAAGACCCCCUUGAUUGAGGGAGAUAUUGUUCUUCCUCCUGGACGAAAUGCUCUGAUCAACACCGCUUACAGAUGGACGUUCCCUAUCCCUUACAUUCUGUCCGACAGCCUUGACCUGAAUGCUAAAGGAACGAUCUUUCAAGCUUUUGAAGUGUAUCGGCUCAAGUCCUGUGUUGACUUUAAGCCUUAUGAAGGGGAAAAGGCGUACGUCAUAUUUGAGAAACGAGACGGGUGCUUUUCAAGUGUGGGGAUGCAGCCCAGUGGGCAGGUGCUCUCGCUGGGGUCAGGCUGUGACCAUAAGGCUAUAGUUGAGCAUGAGCUGCUGCACGCGCUGGGCUUUUACCACAUGCAGUCGCGCCAGGAUCGAGAUGACUAUGUGAAGAUCUGGCUGGACCAAGUCACUGAUGGCCUGCAGCACAACUUCAACAAAUACGAUGACAGUUUUGUGACUGAUAUGAACACUGCAUAUGACUACGAGUCAGUCAUGCACUACAGGCCGUUUGCCUUCAACAAAGACCCCAACAUCCCCACCAUCACCACCAACAUCCCAGAGUUCUUCAACAUCAUCGGGCAGUACCUGGACUUCAGUGAACAGGACAUCGUGAGACUGAAUAAAAUGUAUAACUGCUCUUCCACCCUGACCUUGCUGGACCAGUGCACUUUUGAAUACAUCAAUAUAUGCGGCAUGAUCCAGGGUUCUGGAGAUGAUGGAGACUGGGUCCACACAGAGAGCACCCCUGGCUCUGAAGACCACACUCUUAUAGGACGGUGUAGGGAUGCAGGAUACACCAUGCACUUUGACACUGCGGCUGGAACGGCAGGAGAGUCUGCCAUGCUGGAGUCCCGGCUACUUUACCCUAAAAGGAAGCUUCAGUGUCUUCAGUUCUUCUACAAAAUGACUGGCAGCUCAAAAGACAGGCUGGUCAUCUGGGUCAAGAUGGACGAUGGAACAGGGACAGUGCGCAAACCAAAGAAAGUGCACACAAUUUGGGCUGAUGAUGAUAAGUCCUGGAAGAUUAUUCACGUGCCUUUGGAAGUUGGAGUGAAAUUCCGUUAUGCCUUUCAGGCAGUGAAGGGGGACCCUGCUAAUUCCGGAGGGGGCAUAUUCAUAGACGACAUCAGCCUGUCUGAGACACGCUGCCCCUCCGCUGUCUGGCGCAUCCAGAACUUCUCUCAAAUCAUGGAGACUGCAAAUCACGACACUUUCUUGGACAGCCCGCGCUUCUACAGCCCUGAAGGCUAUGCGUUUGGUGUCCGCGUGUACCCUCUUUCAAGCCACACUGAUUACACCGGCAACUACACUGGCCUCUACUUCCAUCUGGCCAGUGGGGAGAAUGAUGUGGUCAUGCAGUGGCCAGCUGUGGACCGCCAGGCUACUUUAGUAGUAAUGGACCAGGAUCCAGACAUCAAACUGAGGAUGUCCUCCGCUCGAAGUCUCACCACAGACCUUACAACAGCUACUGAUGGGAAUUUGCUUUGGGACAAUCCAACAAAGGUUGGGACCUAUGACCCCACCUGCCAGUGCUACAGAGGUGAAUCCAGAGGUUGGAGGAAUUUCAUCAAACACUUUGACUUACGCCGACGGAACUACCUAAAAAAUGAUGACCUCAUCAUCUUUGCUGACUUUGAAGACUUAACACCCUUGAAGAACAGUGAAGUUCCUGUUGCAACAGAAGAGUAAAACCAUGAAGAGCGUUUUCUAUCCUGGUUGCUGGUCCCGGAGAUCUGAAGAAUUUCAAAGGAAGAUGCACUGAAACUGCAUGAAUGAAGAUUUGUUCCUUUGUGUUUCUGUAUCAGAUUAAUUAAAUAUGUGGUUUCUCUCAUGUAUUUUAUGCUGUACAUGGUAUACAUUCCUGCAUAUCAUUUUUUAAUUCUUAAUAAAGUCUAAAAAUAUU